GCAGAAAGAAAGCCUCCAAUCUCUCUCACUGUUCAGGGCUGUGCGUGUGUCUCCCUCACAACAUAAAAGCGACGUUCAGGGCUAAAAACUUGCAAUUCAUGGCAUGGAGAAGUCAGCGAGCAGCUGCAGUCCUCUGAUCUGUGUUAGGUUGAGCAGCAGAUCAUGGUCUGAACCCAGUUAUUAUCGAGCCGAAACAAAGCCUCGAUCGUCUAGCUGCUCGAGUGCAUUUUUUUCCUCUUCCCUGUCCUCUUUUUCUUCUCCUCGGUGAAAUCUGAUACAACAUCAGCGGGUUUUUCUAUCUAGUUUGGGUGGCAGAUUCAGGCUUAGUUGGCCUGUGUGUCUCGCAGUCCAAGAGUAGGUUAUCAAGAGAAAAGAAACAUUCUGCUCAUACUGAAGCGAUUCAGAUGCCGUCAACUUUGAGCUAGAGGGACAACCCCUAAACCCCGUUUUUACACGAGGGGUAGACACACCGUACAUCUCUGUCGUCUUCCACUUCACGAAAAGGACGGGUCUCGGUAAAAGGUGAUCGGAGAACUGACGGGGACCAUGGCAGCUACUUUAUCGGCGGAGGAAGAACAGGCUACCAGGCAGUUUCUGGAGGAAAUCAACAAGUGGACCAGUCAGCAUGGAGUGUCACCACUGUCCAGGGAAUUGGCCGUCAAGUUCCUCAUGGCUCGCAAGUUUGACGUCCUCCGAGCCAUCGAGCUAUUCCACAGCUACAGGGAAACGCGUCUAAAAGAAGGAAUCGUCAGACUUCAGCCUCAGGAAGAACCUCUGCGCUCGGAGCUGCUCAGUGGAAAGUUCACUGUGUUGAGUGUGCGGGAUCCUUCGGGGGCCUCCAUUGCCUUGUACACGGCCAAACUUCAUCACCCGAACAAGACAGGCAACCAUGUGGUGCUUCAGGCCCUCUUCUACCUCCUGGAUCGGGCCGUGGAAAGCUUUGAGACCCAGAGGAACGGCUUGGUGUUCAUCUACGACAUGGCGGGCUCCAACUACACAAACUUUGAGCUGGACCUGAGCAAGAAGAUCCUCAACCUGCUCAAGGGGGCGUUCCCUGCCAGGCUGAAGAAGGUGUUGAUCGUCGGGGCCCCCGUUUGGUUUCGAGUGCCCUACAAUCUGCUCAGCCUGCUUCUCAAGGAGAAACUUAGGGAGAGGGUUCAGAUGGUGAAAAUGGCUGAGCUGCGCCAACACCUCCCCAGAGACUGUCUCCCCCAGCACCUCGGCGGCCUGCUGCCUCUGGAGUCCUACAGCUGGAACCAGCAGCUACUGGCGGGCCAGAACGGCCGGGUAGACCCAGUGGACGAGCUGGUGGGCAUCCCCGUGGAAGACUCUUCCAUUCACGUCCCCGGACCCGAGUCCAUGCGCCCACAGGAGCUGCUGACGCACCUCGGGAGGCUUCAGCGCUCGGGCAUCCAUCAAGAGUAUGAGGAGCUCCGCAAAGAACCGCCGCCUGGAACCUUCCAUUGUGCACAAUCAGCUUACAAUCAGGAGAGGAACCGCUAUGGAGACGUCUUGUGCCUUGAUCAAACAAGAGUUCGUUUGAAAGCCAGAAGAAACGAGAGAUCAGACUACAUCAACGCGAGCUUCAUGGACGGCUAUAAACAGAGGAAUGCAUACAUUGGUACUCAAGGACCACUGGAAAAGACCUACAGUGACUUCUGGAGAAUGGUCUGGGAGCAAAAUGUGCUUGUUAUCGUCAUGACAACCAGGACAGACGAGGGCAGUCGGAGGAAGUGUGGACAGUAUUGGCCUCUGGAGGAAGGGGGACAGGAGGUCUAUGGCCACAUGGCAGUGGUUAACCAAAGGGUGGACAACCACACCCACUACAACCACACCACCCUCGAACUGCACAACACUGAGGUACAGCCAUGGAACACUGCGAGAACAUGUAUUCCAACGGGAAAGAGCAUACCGGGGACGUUUUUCAUGUAUUGGGGGGGGGGGCCCCCAAAAGGCCCAAUGGUAGUCCACUGCAGUGCAGGGAUUGGGAGAACAGGUACCUUCUGUGCCCUGGACAUCUGUCUGUCCCAGUUACAGGACGUAGGCUCACUAAAUGUAUGCCAGACAGUGCGACGCAUGAGAACGCAGAGGGCCUUCAGCAUUCAAACCCCGGACCAGUACUACUUCUGCUACAAUGCCAUUUUGGAGCACGCCCAAAGGCAGGGCCUGCUCCCAGCCAAUCAGUGAGCUUCAGCCAUGACUUUACCAAAUUAAUCCAUGAGCCCUGAGAUUUCUGCAGUCAAUCUGUUAACCCCGAGCUGUGUUGUGUGACCAAUUUGUGAACCCAGGAGAGUUAUCUUCCUCACAGAAGCUGUCUUUUUUAAACUAGGCCAUUCUUUGACAAGCCAGACCAAGACAAGACGGUGACAAAAAAAAAGGCUUCAGUGUUGACAUUAUGUUUCAGUGUGAUAACCUUCUCGCUUCCAAUAAUGUGACAUUUUGUUUAUGCCGAACAUAUCUCAGACAAUACGUGGUAACGUGAACAAACUGCUCUUGUGUUGUGCAGUUUUGUGGUAUGGUCAGGCACAUUGGGUGAAGUGAUCGCGGUUACGUUCACUAACCUUUUUUUAUAUUUAUUUGCAACUUUUAAACUGGUGGUUUAGGGGACCUUUUUUAAAAGGAGUACUUCACCCCAAAAUAAAACUUCAGUCAUUAUCCACUCAUCCCAUAUCAGUUAAAACUCCACCAAAGUUUGUAUGACUGCAAAACAGUGAUUUAUUUUUUUUUAUUUAUUUUUUUUAUUGUAUUUCAGUCAAAGCUCCUUAAAUGCUAAAGUUAACUUAGCCAUUGUGUGCCAAAAAACUGCCGUUGAAAGUUUUUUUUUUUGUAGCCAAAUGCCCCAUAGGCAUAAUUACUGUACACAGACAAAAGUAUCUUGGUCAGGUGCAUGAACUAAGCACUAAACUCAAUUUAAUAGUUUUGAAAAGAGCUGAAGAUGGAACAUCAGAAGCUAAUAACUUGUAUGCUUUUUUCUUUUUAUGUACAAAUUUAUUUAUUGGAGUUUUAAGUGACAUGGGCAAGAUGUAAGUUAAUGACACCAUUUUUUAUUUUGGGGUGAAAUGAUCCUUUAACUAAGUACACCUUUUUUUUUAUUCCAAAUAGGGAGCUUGAUUUCCACGGUCAUCCAACAAUAAUAGUUUUUUUUUUGAUAGGUAACAGUUUUUACACCUCCUGUGUCCAGGAAAUAUUGCUUAUUGCAUUUUUAGCACACGGUAUAUGUCACGUAGAUGGUACGAGCCAGUCUCAGGAGUGUCGUGCUGAACACGAGGUGAAACUGCUCAACCGGUUAUCAAAAUGAUUUAGUCAGAAAGUCUUUUGCCAAGAAGUGUUUGUAUUCCUUUGAGAUUGCAUGAUGCAUUCUCCUCAGCCUUAGUAAAAGAAACCCUGAACGGCAGUGAGACGGGUGAAGCACAUCCAAAAUGACCUGCCUGUAAACGGCUGUUAAGCCCCUCUGUACUCUUUAAUUAAAUUGCUGUCCAUGUGAAUUCCUCUUUAGUUUUUGAUUUUCCAAAUUCAUCCACUGAAAGCCUGACCUUCCAUCUCACCUAAAUAUUAAGAUUUCCUGACUUGCAGUACAGACAGUGACCAGUGUCUAGCCUAUAUGGCCGCCUUUUCUCACUAGCAGUGCCAUCAUGCUUUAGUGAUCGUGGGAAAGUUAUCGGUUAGCACCCACCCACAUGCACACACAUUUAGAGCAGUCUAAAGUGACUAUGCCAUUGAAGUGCACAUCUGUGAACAUCUGUGGAAGUCAUCAGAAGUCAUGAGUAGUGCAAUAUUAUUAUUUUUUUUUUACACAAAUCAUGUCUUAGCACUUUUAAAUAACUAUUCCCAGUGUGCUCUGAGAUUAGUCAUCAUUGGGAUGACGCAGAACUUAAAUCUGUAGAUCUGCAUGUGAUGCUGGGAUAACUUGAUUGUUAAAUUUAGUAAUGCUGAAUUAUAAAACAUUUAGUGACAUUUUGGACUUACUGUAAACAUCUGCAUAGAGCUCUUUUGGGACAAAUCAAGAGGAUUUUACAGGGAACCCAGAAAUUAAUGAUAGACUAGCUGGAUAAGCAUGCACAAGUAUGUGCCUACACCCUAGAGUCCUUCUUGGGCACUAGUCACAAAUGUUGUCUUAAGUUUAUUCUCAUAAUUAUUAUUGUGUUACUUUAUGUUCUACAGACUGUGGUUGUAAUCAGUGCUUUCAUCUGGUCCCAGUAUCUUGCCAUUAUUAUAGUACAUGUACAAAAAUGUCUGUUAUACUGUACGUUGCAUUAUGUUGUUGCCGGGUGAAAGAAAAAAUGUGUUCUUUGCUACAGAAUUCAUAUUGAAUUUGCUUGUAGUGAAGCAUUUUUAAGUCUGCCAUCCUCAUGCACUCUGAUUUUAGAAUUAUUUUUCCUUUCAAUGAUGGACGCAAAAUGUGCCCUAUUUUAUUUUUCUAUUAUAUUCAACUACUGUAUUCAUACAAUUACCCAGGAUAUACAGUUAUCUACAUUAAAUUUAUAUUUGUUCUAUUAUAACCUAUUACUUUAUCAUUCGUUUUGAGUAUUGAAUCAAGCUAUACUGUAUUAAAUACAAACUGUCAACGUA